CACAAAUCGUUCUUCACAUUAUUACCAAAAGAAAAAGAAAAAUACAAAGAACGAAUCAAAAUUUUACAAUGGCACCAGCUUCAAACCCAAUAAAAUAUCAACACGUGGCAGUGAUCGGAGCCGGAGCUUCCGGUUUAGUAGCGGCCAGAGAGCUCCGUCGGGAAGGUCACACAGCCGUCGUGUUUGACCGAGAGAAGCAAGUGGGAGGUCUCUGGAUUUACUCACCCAAAGCUGAGUCCGACCCGCUUGGUCUCGACCCGACCCGAUCCAUAGUCCACUCGAGCGUUUACGAGUCUCUCCGAACCAACCUCCCGAGAGAAUGUAUGGGUUUCAGGGAUUUUCCAUUCGUGCCACGUGGAGAUGACGUAGCAAGAGACCCGAGAAGGUAUCCGAGCCACAAAGAAGUCCUUGCGUACCUUGAGGACUUUGCUAGAGAGUUUAACAUAGAGGAGAUGAUCCGGUUCGAGACCGAGGUGGUUCGGGUUGAACCGGUUAAUGGAAAAUGGAGAGUCCGGUCUAAAAACUCUGGCGGUUUCUCCGAUGAUGAGAUUUUUGACGCCGUCGUCGUUUGCAGUGGACAUUUUACAGAACCAAGCGUUGCUCAAAUUAAUGGGAUAGAGUCAUGGCCGGGGAAGCAAAUCCACAGUCACAAUUACAGACGUCCUGAUCCAUUUAAAGAUGAGGUGGUGGUGGUGAUUGGAAAUUUUGCGAGUGGAGCCGAUAUUAGUAGAGACAUAUCUAAAGUUGCAAAAGAAGUCCACAUCGCAUCUAGAGCAGGUGGCCCCGAUACAUACGAAAAGCUUGCUGGACAUAAAAACAAUCUCUGGAUGCAUUCUCAGAUAGACAUCGCCCGCGAAGAUGGUUCGAUUGUUUUCCAAAAUGGGAAGGUGGUACAUGCCGAUACCAUUGUGCAUUGUACCGGGUAUAAGUAUUACUUCCCAUUUCUUGAAACCAGUGGUUAUAUGAGUGUUGAUGACAACCGUGUUGAGCCUCUCUACAAGCAUAUCUUCCCACCUGCGCUCGCUCCCGGACUUUCCUUCAUCGGUUUACCAGCAAUGGGUCUACAAUUCUAUAUGUUUGAGGUCCAAAGCAAAUGGGUAGCUGCUGUUUUGUCCGGACGAGUUACACUUCCUUCUAUAGACAAAAUGAUGGAAGAUAUGAUGUUAUCAUAUGAAACACAAGAAGCGUUAGGUAUUCCCAAAAGAUAUACACACAAGUUGGGUAAAUCUCAGUGCGAGUACCUCGAUUGGAUUGCAGAUCAAUGUGGAUUCCCACAUGUUGAACAUUGGAGGGAUCAAGAAGUAACUCGCGGUUACAAGAGACUUGUGGCUCAACCUGAAACUUUCCGUGACGAAUGGGAUGAUGAUGACCUCAUGGAAGAAGCAUACGAGGAUUUUACUAGGCAGAAUCUGAUUAGUUUCCAUUCUUCUCGUUUCCUCGAAUCCGGAAGAUGAUCGAUGCGUGAUUAUAAUGGUGUGUACUUGCUUGGAUUGUGGAGGCUUUGAAUUAUAAAAUAAUGUGGGAUUAGUUUUAAUAAAUUAUAAGAGUGUGAGGGUCAGCUAGGCAAAGGCUGCUCAUGCUGUUUGUUCUCUAGACUUAGCUUCUUGGUGCCUAAAAACUGUUUUUCAAGGAUCAAUAUGUUAAGAGCAAAAGUAUGUAAUUAAUUUCGAGAAGUGUCAAUUAAUCCUGGUUCAUUUA